AUGGCCGAAAAUCCUGGAUAUCCUGCUGGCUUUACUCCAAUUUCUACAGGUUCAGGCGCUGUACAUACCAUCGGUACCAAUCUACCGCCAGUAGAUCCGAAUAACUUCGCUGGUACCGUUCAUUUUGGUCCAGCGACAACGACCCAUUUUCCUGCAGGUAGCAUUAUCUUACCUGGCGGUGCUGUGUUACCACCAGGUGGACCACUACAAUAA